UGCAAUGAGGAAGUAAAUCACUACGACGGCGGGUGGCGACAUCGACAGUCGACAUGUUGUGCUUCGUCUUCGGUGUUAGUAUUGUAGCCGGCGUAAUCGGGGGCGAAUUGCUUAACACUGUCCAGAAACCUGAGUUUCCUAAAGGUGACGUCCGAGCGUGUUACGGAGAUAACAAGAAACUUGAGCGUUUUGAAGUUCUGCCUGGUCAAGGCUGGGACAACCUGCGGAACGUGGACGCCGGUCUCGUAGUCGUCUACAACUACUCCAGGUGUCGGACAACUGAAGACGGCCGUUUCCUCAUCCCCGAUACAGUCAACACCAUCCCUCUGAAGGCAAGUAAGCUGAACGUUUAUGCUGAACUCAUUUCACAUUGGUCUAACUACACCAGUACCACGGCUCACGGUGUAAACAUCGAUGCGGGACUUAAGUUUGGCUCAGUUAAAGUCAGUGGUACAUUUUCUUCCGGUUAUGAGAGUGUGAAAUCCAAACAGAUAGGUGAUAAAUCUUACACAACCCGAGUCCAACUGAGGUACGUUCGCUACUCAGCCAAGCUACAACCCGACGCCAGUCUCCACCCCACGUUCAAGUCUCGUCUUCUGAGUAUCGCGGGAAGUCUGCAACUGAACAAGACGGACCAAGCACGCUAUGAUAGUGAACUUCUUGUGCGGGACUUUGGGACACACGUCGUCACCAGUGUGGAUGCAGGUGCUGCCUUGGUGCAAGAAGACCAGGUGUCUUCGGAAUUUGUGAACAGUAGGAAAUUCACAAAGAAUCAAAUAACGGCUGGAGCGAGUGCCUCGUUGUUUGGGAUCUUCAGUAUUGAUGUCUCUUAUCAUUCUUCUACGUCUAAUGAAGUGAAGACAGCAUAUGAGAAGAGCAGAUCCUCGUCUCAGAUAGAUACCCUGGGAGGUCCUAUGUUCAAGGCAUCCAACUUCACAGCCAACGACUGGACAAACGAGGUGGACCAUGAACUGGUGGCUGUGGACAGGUCCGGUGACCCCCUCUUCUUCCUCAUCAACUCCGCCUCUCUCCCCGAGCUGCCCAACUCCGUCCUCUAUCAACUUCAGACCCUUGUUGAGGAGACUAUUCUCCAUUACUACGAGUUUAACACGUACAGAGGUUGUACAGAGCUGGACUCGCCGAACUUCAGCCCUGCGGCCAACUUGGAUGACGGAACGUGUAAAAGUCCCUACACUAACCUGACAUUUGGUGGAGUUUACCAAACCUGCAGUAUGUCUUCAGGCUCAAACAACGGAGAUCUCUGUUCUGGCCUCGACCAAGUCAACCCUAAGACAGGAGGGCAUACCUGCCCGGAUGGGUAUGAAUCAGUAGAGCUGCACACUGGACGCUUGUCCGACUCAAAGUCGGUCCACUCUUGUCACUCCUGCUGGCUUUUCUUCAAGUGUUGCCACGACAACUACUACCACAGCGAAGCUACCUACAUUAUGCAUUGGUGUGCAGCUACGGGUCCGGUGUCUCAGGACUCCGGCUUCCUAUUCGGAGGCCUGUACACGUCACAGCUGAACAACCCUCUCACCCAAGGAAAAACUUGCCCUGUCAACUUCUACACCCGCACCUUGGGGAAGGACCUCCACAUCUGCAUCAGUGAUGACUACGAGCUGGGUAUGAAGUAUUCCAUGCCAUUCGGAGGUUUCAUCAGCUGUACAACUGGUAACCCUCUUGCUAUGAACCCUAAACCUAAGUCAAAGGGUGACAUGAACUCGGCCUUGCCCUCACUGCACUCAUUCUUCCAAGGAUCCAAAACCUGGCCUAAGCAUUGUCCCAAGGGCUACAGUCAGCAUCUGGCCUACGUCGAUCAGGGCUGUGAGAUCAACUACUGCCUUCUGGCGGGAUCUCUCUCAGAAGUUGGACUUCCAAAGAUCCGACGGCCGCCAUUCCAGACUGCUCCUCUGUUGCUCCCCAGUACUGAGAACCACGUGGUGUUUGACCCCGUGACCCUGACAUGGCGUAAGAAUCAAGAGGCAAUGCAAUUCAUCAAUGCACAUGGUGGUGAUGCUACGUCGUCGUCUACCGGAAGUGGUAUGUCUGCUGGGGCAGCAGCUGGAAUCGCUGUGGUUACUACUCUCGGAUGUGUCGUCAUCUCCACCAUCAUCAUCGUCCUUAUCAAGCGACGUCGAAAGUCAUCAGCGGGAUACCGCCAUCUUGCAAUUGAUGAUCCCCUUCUGUCUUCUCAAAGUAACUAUGGUGCAACCGGAAGUGACGCAGUGAAUGUAAACGUUGAGUAGGGACGUUAUACUAAUAUGGUCCAGCUAAAGGCGAUUGUCAAUUCUUUUACUUUCUGGAGACUGCAGUAACCAAUGUAAGACAAGUUUGCCAGAACGUAUGUGUAACCACUGGUGAAAGACAUGUGUACGAAAAAAUGUGUCAACAACUAUUAUUGAUUCGUUUGUUGUGGACAAUUUGCAUCAUAUAUGACCCUAUCUGUUUGCUUUGAUAUGUACAUACUGUCAAACACGGUUGGAAACAAAUUCACUCUUGCAAUGUUGAGACAUCAACAUGGUUAUAAAAAGAUUCUUAAUGCAUAAUAUACAUUGUUUUAUACUAUGUAGAUUCAUUCCCAUUUAUAACCAUAAAAUGUUAAUGUCUGAAA